UUAGAUUGUAACUCUGAGGCUUCCGUCGGUCAGACAUAUUGUCCCAGAGAAGCCGGGAGAGUCCCUGACAAACUGGGGGCAGCAUGGAUACCAUGGCGAGCCCUGGCAAGGACAACAGUCGCAUGAAGAGCUACAAGAACAAAGCUCUAAACCCUGAAGAGAUGCGAAGGCGAAGAGAAGAAGAGGGAAUUCAGCUCCGCAAGCAGAAACGUGAGCAGCAGCUCUUUAAGCGCAGAAAUGUUGAGUUGGCAGCAGAAGACAGUUCUGUGUUUGAUGGGCCCUUGAUGGACUCUUAUGUCAGUUCCACAACUGCUGUUGGGGAUGGCGUUAUCACACGUGAAAUGGUGGCGUUAUUGUUGUCUGAUGAUCCGGACGUCCAACUGGCUACAACACAGAAAUUUCGGAAGCUGCUCUCUAAAGAGCCAAACCCUCCAAUAGAUGAGGUGAUCAAUGCACCAGGAGUGGUGGAACGGUUUGUGGAAUUCCUGAAGAAGAGUGAUAACUACACAUUACAGUUUGAAGCUGCGUGGGCUCUCACCAACAUAGCGUCUGGUACUUCGCAGCAGACAAAGAUAGUGAUAGAAGCAGGGGCAGUGCCCAUUUUCAUCAUGCUGCUAAAUUCUGAAUAUGAGGACGUUCAGGAACAGGCUGUAUGGGCACUAGGAAACAUUGCAGGUGACAGCUCAGUUUGCAGAGACUAUGUACUAAGCUGUGACAUCCUCCCUCCUCUGCUGAAUCUUCUCACCAAAUCGACACGUCUCACCAUGACCAGGAAUGCAGUCUGGGCUUUGUCUAACCUGUGUCGAGGGAAGAACCCACCUCCAGACUUUGAAAAAGUGUGUCAGUGUCUUCCGGUGCUGUCGCGUCUCCUAUUCAGCAGCGACUCAGACCUGUUAGCAGAUGCAUGCUGGGCACUUUCUUAUCUGUCCGAUGGUCCUAACGAGAAGAUCCAAGCAGUCAUAGACUCUGGAGUCUGCCGCAGGCUUGUGGAACUCCUAAUGCACAAUGAUUACAAGGUAGCGUCACCUGCCCUAAGAGCUGUAGGAAAUAUUGUCACAGGAGACGAUAUCCAGACCCAGGUCAUCCUGAACUGUUCAGCUCUCCCCUGCCUCCUGCACCUCCUAAGCAGCCCAAAAGAAUCCAUCCGCAAAGAAGCCUGUUGGACUAUCUCAAAUAUCACAGCUGGAAACCGAGCUCAGAUACAGGCUGUUGCCGAUGCUAAUAUCUUUCCAGUCCUGAUUGAAAUUUUACAGAAAGCAGAAUUUCGCACUCGCAAGGAAGCUGCGUGGGCUAUCACAAAUGCCACAUCAGGGGGCACCCCAGAACAGAUCAGGUAUCUGGUAAAUCUAGGCUGCAUUAAACCUCUGUGUGACCUUCUUACCGUAAUGGACUCAAAAAUAGUGCAGGUGGCUCUGAAUGGACUAGAAAAUAUCUUACGACUCGGAGAUCAAGAAGCAAAACAGGGUGGCAAUGGCGUAAACCCAUACUGUGGGCUAAUUGAGGAAGCAUAUGGUCUGGACAAAAUAGAGUUUUUACAGAGCCAUGAGAAUCAGGAGAUUUACCAGAAAGCUUUUGAGCUGAUAGAACACUACUUUGGGGUGGAGGAGGAUGACCCCCAACUGGUCCCAUCUGUAGAUGAUUCUCAGCAGCAGUACAUCUUCCAGCAGACCGAAGCCCCCAUGGAGGGCUUUCAGCUGUGAGCCGAGGCACCAUCGGACAUCCAAAAUCCCCAUACCUCUACAUCUAAUGUGCCGUGUGGAGAAAAUGAGUUAAGGAAGCAACCGUGCAUUCUGGAGUUACAUGCUCCAUUGUUUGUAAGGACCGGUUUCCUCUACAAGCUCUUGGUUUGUUCAUGUGGAGAAAGCUGUGAUUCUGCCCAGUGUUGGAUAGCCUGGGUGUAUAUUCCAUGAGCUCAAACUUUGCUGCUUACUGGAAGGACCAUCUAGUCACACACUGACCUGCCGCUGAUAGUUCUAUGCUUUUAACGGUCCUUGUAACUUUUUUUUUUUUUGGCUAGGGGUGGGGGUGAUAAAAGAAAAUGUAAUUGGCAUCCGAAAGAUUACAAAGAAGUGCGCAGUGUGUCCUUUUUGUGUUAUGGGGUAA